GUUAAGUUUGUUCUUUGUACAUGUUAUUCAAGUGAUACUUCUUUUAAAAAAUUUUUAAUCUGUGAUGGCACGGAUGCUCACUUGUUUGCGAUACUUUCUCAUCGGUGGUGCUAUUGUCGUCGGUAUAUGCGGUGCCAUAGAGAGCAUAUUCGCUGGUUAUUUCAUAUAUCAACUGUACGAAUAUUCACCUCUCACGCCUAAUAAUGUGUGCGGUUCAUCGAUAACUUUAUUAGUGGCGGGCCUGAUGACAUGUAUGAUAGCAUGGUGUGCCUGGCAAUUCAUAGAUUUUACGAAUACGAGUCAAGUCACGAUUCUUUCCAUGGCGUUAAUAAUCGUUACGAUUGUUAACGCGAGCGCUGGUAUUUGGGCUCUUGUUAGACACGAACAAGUGGACAUAUUACCAACUUUGUAUCUCGAAAAAGCAUUCGCCCUAGCUACAUCGGAUGAUAAAGUUUUUUGGGAUCACAUGCACUCCGAGUUACAUUGUUGUGGAAUAAACGGACCUGUCGAUUAUCAUAAUCACGAUGCAGUUCCUUGGUCUUGUUGCGAUACCGUCUCGCUACUUUCAAAUGUUGAUGAUAAUAAAGGUAUCUGUGCCACGAUGUACGCAAGGGGUUGCCAACAUGUAGUAAUAAAUCGUACUAGAUCGAUUCUCCUUCACGUUUUUCUACUCGCAUUGUGUGCAGUAUUAUUACAGGUGUGUUUUGUAAUAGGUAUGUGUUGUUACGUGAGAGCUUGUCGGGAAAGAUUGACGGAAUCGAUGAUCGCUACGCAAACACUCGCGCGAGCAUCCAAAGACUUGGGAACGAACGAUAACCUUCUCGGUCGACAGCCACAUGAUUGAUUUUCUACGAUCAUCGUAGAAAAUAAUUACGUUAUCCAUUCACGUGAUGAAAGUCAUAUUCACCUUCAUGAAAGUCGAAUUUAAUGGUAGUAACUCAGUUAAAGCUUCAAUAUCAUUUUGAAGUAUCACUUGCAAUAAAUACAUAAAAAAACAUAAUAUAGUAUUACAAUACAUGGCAUUUUACGUAAUAUAUUGUGAAAUCCUCGCUAAAUAUAUUGUGCCAUAUUUUAAAAUUUUAUACCAAAUACAGAGUUCCUUACCUUAAAGGUAAUUUUUAAUAACAAUUUUUCAAAUAAAAUAUAGUAUUAGUGUACAGAGGAAUGCGAAAAUACGGAUCUACUAUUAGCUCAAAAUUCAUUACUUUUGUACUGAUAAUGAAAAUGUGAAUGAUGUUUGCCUGACUGAAAUGUACAAUUCUAGAUCUACUGAUACAAGACAAUGUAAUUUUUAUUAAUAUGUACGACAAUAUGUACUAUUUUAUACAUUUUACCACA